AUUGGCGUGAUUGAUAGUCACCUCGGGAGAGGCGCGUACGAUCGCACGCUCGCUCGCUCGCCCGCUCGCUCGCCAGCUCUCUCGCUCCGCGCAUUUGUCACUCGGGCCGGUGUCUUUCUCCACGCGAACACGCAGCCGUGCGUAAAUCGAUCACCCGCUCGCUCAUCGGGAAACGUAUCAAUGAGGACGAGGUGGCCUGUGAAAUUCCUCGCGUCCAUCUGAAGGAAUUUCUUCUUUUCUUUUCUUUUCUUUUUUCACCGAUUGUGGAAAAGUUUCCAAGGACCGCAGUUGGAGAAGAAGCCGCUGGCGAGAGGCGCACUUUAUUCCGGAGCUCUCGCAACAUGGUCCGGCAGCCGAUGAGGAGGUGAAGACGCCUCGCCUCGCCUUCCUCGCCUCGCCACGCCUCGCCUCGCGCUUCCUUCUCUCAACGGCUCCAUCGCACAAGUCGCUUCCCACCGCCAGUCGCCCGGCGUCAUGGCGUCCAGUCUGACGUGCGCCGGCGUGGUGUGGGCGUUGCUGUCCCUGCUGUGCGCCGCCGCCUCCUGCGUGGGCUUCUUCAUGCCCUACUGGCUUCUGGGCACGCAGAUGGACAAAGCCGUGUCUUUCGGGACCUUCCGGCGCUGCUCGUACCCGGUGCGCGACGAGGAGCGUCAGGCCACCGUCAUGCUGGAGCAGUGCGGCCGCUACGCCUCCUUCCACGGCAUCCCCAGCCUGGAGUGGCGCAUCUGCACGGUGGUGACGGGCGUCGGCUGCGGCCUCCUCCUGUUGGUGGCGCUGACGGCGCUCAUGGGCUGCUGCAUCUCCGAGCUCAUCUCGCGUACCAUCGGUCGCGUGGCCGGGGGCAUUCAGUUUGUGGGAGGCCUGCUCAUCGGAUCCGGCUGUGCGCUCUACCCGCUCGGAUGGGACAGCGAGGAAGUGCAACAGACGUGCAGCAACAGCUCAGACCAGUUUCAGCUCGGCUCCUGCCAGAUCGGCUGGGCCUAUUACUGCACGGGGGCCGGGGCGGCGGGCGCCAUGCUACUGUGCGCCUGGUUGUCGUGUUUUGCCGGCAAGAAGCAGAAGCAGUACCCGUACUGAAGGUCGGAGGUGCUCUGACGACGGUGUACGGCGAGGGAAAAACUGCAGGGACUCUUUCAUAAUGCAGCACACACACACACACACACACACAAACAACACUGCUCAAAAAAACAAAAACAGAAGGAAGGCGUACAGUGAACCAACGCAUAUUGGCAAAUCCUCUAUUUGUAGAUUUUUUUUUUUUUAAUCCUGUGUUAUCUGCUUUUUUUGUUCAGACCACAGCCAUAUCAAAUUUGAAAAUAUUACUUUGGUGUUGGUCCUGAGGAAAGGAAGGACUUCAUUUGGUCAGGCUCUUGUCUUGUCUAAUAGGUAAAAAGUGUUUUGGCGCCCUCUUGUGGCACGAGUAGGAAUGAGGAGCUUUUUUGGGUGUGCACUGAUUUGCUCGCAAAAUGUUGAUGAUUUGAGUCAAGGUGGUUGACUGUACCUACAUUUCAGGACGGACCCAACGUGAACUGUAAUCGUUUGCGGGUCACCUGGUUUGAGUGAGUGGACAUUGUUCAAUGUUUCAGUACGCCAAGGUUGUGAAAAGCUCAAUUCUUACCUACCGGGUCGGUCAGGAUGGAACACUGUCCAAGGACGUCCACUUUUCCAUGAGUCUUCCAUUGGGUCUCUGUUGUGACCUGCAAACGGAGGCACUUUCUGGUGUUGCUGCAUUUUUUCAAGGAUUUUGCUAAUUGCCAUCACACUCUUAUCAAUGUUAUCCAUGCGGAGAACAUCUUUGGAAAAAGGCAGCUGGAGUCAAAGGACUCGUGGGAACACCUGUACCAAUCCUUGUCAGCUGGGCGUUCAAACAUUUCAAGAAGGUCAAAGGUCAGAGCGCAUUUGAGGUUCAUCGGGAAAUUUCACGCAUUUGGUGUGCUAGCUACACACACGCGCACGCACGCAGCUGUUUGUGAUGCUUGAUUUAUGGAACCACUUGUCUUUCUCUUCAACCUGUUGAUGUUUUUGUGUCCUGUGAUGAAGACUUGCGUAGCAAUAUGAUUUCCCACUUCAAUGUAACGUGAAGUGUUCUUCCUCACCUGUCUCAUCGUUGCCUUAAAGCCCCGAAAUGCAAUAACCCCCAAAAAAAGAAGGCCGCAUAUCUUCUAUGUUGUGUAUGAUCACGUACUUUUAUCAUCAUGGCACGUUUCGUUUUGUAUUCACGCCUCAAAUGAUUCUGUUUUUGUAAAUAAAUGUUGAUGGAAAA